AGGAUUGAUUCAAUGGAUUAUUAAAUGUCAUCAAAAAUCUUCUAUUUUAUUUCAUUUCAAUUUUUUUAUUUAUUUUGGUUUUAGUUUCGCCUAGAAUUGAACUAAUGAGCAAAUUAUUAAGCCGUGAAUUUGAUUGUUCUCAACAAAUCGUGGUUAUUCAAUGAGCAAGAUGCGUCUGAAGAAAAGUUUUGUGAAGAAAUAAGAUCUAAGAAGGAUUUACCGAAAAUUUAUUUAAAUAGUUACUUGAAAGGAAUUAACCAUGGCUGGGAAAGUCAGCUCUUGGCUCUAUGAAAAAAGAUCUUUGAAAAAACCCAAAUUAGGUCCUUCGGAUGUAUAUCCACAAGAACCUAAGCAGAAAGAGGAUGAACUGACAGCCAUUAAUGUAAAACAAGGUUUUAUCACUUGUCCGACUAUUCAAGAAGAAUAUGGUUCAUCAAGAAAUGCGAAUAUCACGCCCAACAAGUUUGGUGCUUUUUUCUCAGCCUUACUUUCGAAGAAACAAGAGCUCAAUACAUUACAAGACACUGGUAGAAGGAAGCCUCAGAUUAAUCCAAAGGAUAACAUUUGGCUGGUUACACAAAGAUCUAAACCAGCUGUUGAUACUUGGUUUCGCGAUCUUGCUUCUGGUACUAAAACGUUAGCUCAACUUUCGCGUAAAGUACCUAUAUUUAAUAAAAAAGAAGAAAUUUUCCUCCAGCUGUAUGAAUUUCAAGUUCCCAUGUUUAAAGCAAAUUGGUUUAUUAAAAUGUCUUCAGCAUACUCAAUUGCAUUAUCUGAAACCGCCAAUAAAAGUAAGAAAAGACAAGUCAUCGAUCAAUCUCAAGAAUGGACUGGUAUUUUAUGUAGAUUCUUACGUGAUCUAUAUCAAAAAAUCUGUGAACAUUAUCAUGGAGGUAAUACCUCAUCAGUGGCCCCAUCAUCAUUUUCUAAUAGUGUUUCUCCAAGCUCUGCUAAUAUAAAUAUUGAUGUUGUACAAAAACAGUGGCAGUACUCCUGUCAGUUGGCUCGUUCACUUUUUGAAGAAGGCCUUUUAGACAAACAAGAAUUUCUUAACUGGAUGCUAGACAUUCUAGAGAAAAUUAAAACAGCUGACGAUUCUGUGAUGAGAGUUGUGGUGACACUGAUUUUGCAAUAUGUAGAAGAUUUCACCGAAUCUGAGCUUUGCUCUCGUAAGCUUGCUUAUCAAUGUGCCAUCAAGCUUAACCAACUUGUAUCAAGUUAUAAUAGUGUAUCUUCGUUAAACUCAUCGAAUAAUUCGAACUCUUCUAUAUCUUCACCUGGACCCAACGAUAGCUCAUCCUCUAUUACAAAUGGGCAGACUGUGAAUAGAUCAGGGUCUCCUACCACUUCACCGACUUCCAAUUCCACGACAUCUGUUGAACCAUUAAUAAUAAGUUUUCGUGAUCUCCUAAGCUGUCCCCAUCAUCGUAAUAUUGCUAUUGGGUUAUCUGCUAUCAUCCAAAUCAUCACUUUAAAAUGUCCAACUGCUAUGGUUUGGCAUGGUGAUGGUCGCUUAUCUCCUGCACUAAAUGGUUCACCUCUAGAUCAUCUUCCAUGUCCACCUUCAGUUUUACCUAUGCCAGUCAGACCUCACAAUCGUCAGUUACGUGAAGAGCUUAGAGUAGCUGAAGAUGAGAUAAGAUUGCGAAGUCGUGCGGUAGAAAAUAAAUGGUGUUCAGAUAGAUCUCAGCAAACAGCACCCGGUGUCAUAAUUAAUCGACUGCUAAAUACCUUAGAUUCAUUAGAUUGUCAUUCAUUUGAAAAAGUUGAACCCAAUAACUCCAUUGAGACUCUUUACUCUGCAAUAUUCAAGAACCAAUCUUCCAGCAUUGUCAAGACAGAUCUCUCUGAAAAGUCCCUCAAGAAGAUCAUUGCCGAAGAUGAACCAAUUAUUAAAUUACUUUGUGAAUGGGCAGUGACAACUAAGAGAACCGGUGAACAUCGAGCAUUAGUAGUAACAAAGCUUUUGGAAAAACGGCAAAAUGAACUGCUUGCUGAGAAAGAGAAUGAAAAACCCGAAGCUAAGGAAAUGGAAACUAAUCUGCCAAAUGGUUGCAAAAAUUCUGAGGCGACAUCACUUAUAAAUGAAACUCCACAUCAAAUCUAUCAAGAUUUAUUAAUGUCUUUCCUCGAUACUCAAGCACCAGUUUGGGAUGAUAAAAAUCCAAAUCCAGAAUCAAAACUAGCAUUUUCAAACCUCGUCCUUCUUUUUGGGGAGCUGAUCAGGUGUGAUGUAUUUUCGCACGACGCUUAUAUGUGUGCUCUUAUUUCCAGAGGACAGUUUGCUAAUUCACCGAACGCCUCUUCUUUAAUACCUCCAAUUUCGGAUAUGAAAAUAACGAACAAAUCUGAGCAACCUAGUUUAACCAAUUUUGUUCCAAAUCUUCCAUCAGCUACCAUAUUACCUUCAUUAGGUGGUCCAACUUCAAAUCUAGUUGGAUCUAUCGACGUAAAUACUCCUAAUAGAUCAUCUGAAUCAUCUCUUCCUAUGUUCGAACCGGUAACUGAUCCAUCCGGAUCCACCAGAUCUGAUUUAAUAGGUAAUUGGGAACACUUGGAAAUGGACGAUGCACAAUUGGAUUCUGAUUUGGGAAAGCUCUUACAACACAUAAAAGAAGGGCAACAAAAUAACAUGAAUGAUCAAACUGAUAUUCUUUUACCAGAUUCGGUGAGUUCUGACAAAGAAGAUGAAGCUGGUAGUAUUCUCGCUAAUAUGGGAUUUGGACAACAAGAAUCAGGACCCAAAGUUCACGUCCAAAGACAUUUACUUUAUACAACUCAUUUUCCUUUACCGCAAGAUGAAACAACUAAUCAUGACUGCAAUCAGAGACAUGUACUUUUAUAUGGUGUUGGUAAAGCACGUGAUGAUGCUAGACAUACGGUUAAAAAGACUACCAAAGAAAUACUGAAGUUAUUCAGUCGUAAAUCAUCUAUGGAUAUCUCCGAAGGAGCUAAGAUCAAAAAGAAGGAAAGUUUUAGCUUUGAAACAGCUCUCAGCAAGUUUCAAAGUCUUGCAUACUUUGAUCAACAUGUUGUAACUUCAUCAUGUGCUGUUACUUGUAUUGAAAUGUUUGAAGGGGUUGCUAAUGGAACUUCAGCACACCUUCCUCUGAUAGAAGCUAUCGCCUUCUUAUUCGAUUUGAUGGAAAUGGCUCUCAAUAUUCAUGGUCUGAUUGACUUUUGUAUUCAACUCCUUAAGGAAAUGCCUGAUGUUGAAAUGAAACUUAACGAGAAGUGCCCUAUUCUGGUCGGUAACUAUUGCACGCAAAUCGGUCUUUAUAUCACUGGUGUACUUUAUAGAUAUCAGUCAUGUUUAUUAGUAUCUCAAGAGGAGACUGUGACCAUUUUUGAGGGUCUUUAUAAGCUUGUCAGAAAUGUUUCUAAUCCUGCUGAUUGCUCAUCUGCUGAACGGUGUAUACUGUGUUAUUUAUAUGAUCUAUAUACAAAUUGUAGUCACAUCAAGUCUAAAUAUUUUGAUUUAUUUAAUUCAAUUGGACAAAAAAUCAAGCAAAAUAUCCACACAACCAGAGAACCAUCAUCAGUAAAGUUAUCAUGGAAUACCACUUGCAUGAGUGAAUACAUCAACAAUCCCAAAAUAAAAAUUGAUGUAAACCAUCUACAACAGCUCAAUGAAAAUGCACACUUCAGAUACAGUUUUGUUUGUAAUGCUGUUCAUGCUGUCUCGACCGCCAAAGACGCCAAUCGUUUAAAUGAUCUUUCCAUUUUGUGUGCUGAACUAUCAUCUCGAUGUCCUGCCUUGGGCAGUGAAUGGCUUGGAGUACUCAAAGCUCUCUGCUGUUCAUAUAAGCAAAAUAGUGGUUUCUCUGAAGUCCUUGCUCAAGUUAAUGUUUCAGACAUCUCCUUGCACGAUAAUAUCGCUGUAUUUACUUGCAUUCUCAUUGCUCGUCGCUGUUUUUCACCUCAAGACUUUGUGAUCCAUUGUGCUCUUCCCUCACUACUUGCAGCUAGUCCAACCGGUGGAGGCUGUCAAGAUGCUGAAGCCGGUGCUCGAUUAACCUGUCAUAUACUUCUUUGUUUCUUUAGAUCAUCAGAGCCUCCUCUUUCCUCUAACACUGUAUUCAUUACACCGGCUACGACCCUGUACUCUUUAACAAGUCCCGGACCAUCAAACCUUCCACCUCCUGUAUCAAACAUAGGCCACAAUAGAUCAUCUCUGUUUGUCAUAAAGCAUCCUUGUGAUCGUUAUCUUUUAGCUGCUGCAAACAUAAGCAUGAAGGUUGAAGCUGUACUUACUAUAUUGAAAGCAAUCCUUGUAUUAGGAGAUUCAACAGAUGCUAAUCGAGAGACUAAACCUAAAAUGGAAAACUCUAGUACAAAGGAACUUAAUUUAAAUGAAUUUUCUGGACUGAUGAACGAUGAAGAAUUUAACGAUUAUGAUUUUCUAUUAACGGGAAAUAAAAGUAAAGAUAAGUCUGACGGAGUUGUUGAAGCUGCCGGUCUCAAUGAAUUUGCUAAACAUGUUCUUAGACAGAUAAGUAGUCAAGAAUGGAUCUUAGAACGCUGUUUAAGGGAUCCAGAUGUUAUAACGAAACAAGAUGUAUUUCUUGACCCUAGUUUAACCCCUGAACAAGCUCUACAGCUUCUACAAAUGAUUUGUAAUCCUAAGUCACAUACCCUUGUUGAUCAAGAUUUUGAGCCAAAACAACAAAUUACCAGAGUUUUCCAAAACCUCGAUGAAUGGACAAUAAGACAAUCCUGGCUUCAGUUGCAGCUUAUGUAUGCACAGUGUUGUACAGCCAAAUCACCUACAGAUGUAGGUAAUUGGCUCGAUAUGGUAGCUAAAGCUACUAUUGAUUUUUUUCAACAAGCAAGCGAAGAAAGUUCCAAGAAUGGCCUAUUCCAUGAAAGUGGUAAAGUCGAUAAACAAUCUUCUGAAGGACAAUGGCAGAAUAAAAGCACUAGGGUGUGGCUUGUGUCACCACUCAUAUCGAAAUUACCAUCGUCAGUGCAAGGUAAAAUACUUAAGGUUGCUGCAAAUGUACUAGAGUCAGGUAAUUGGAUGUCAGCUGGCUCAAACUCAGCCCAAAACUCGUAUUCGUACUCAAAAAAUAAGGAUCGAGGCUUUUCUCAACAAAAGAGUAGCAGCUCAGGCAAUGCAAAUAACCCGUCUUCUUUGUUGAGUUAUCCACCCUUUCUUGCCCUGGUACUUAUGUGUCUCCGUGGUAAAGAUGAGCAAAGAGAGAGUCUUUUGAACUCUUUGUUCUUGCAACUUCAGCAAGCCGUUCAUGACAGAGAUGACCCAAAAAAUCGUGUUAUAAACAUCCAAGAAGGGUUACAACUGAGACUUAGUUUAGUCGGUGGUAUGUUCGAUAUGAUACAGAAAUCUACCUCGCUCAUUAAUGAUUGGGCAGUAUUAUUUGUUCAACUGAUAAGUUAUGGUGUUGUAGAGACUCAGCAAAGCUAUGAACUUUUCACAACGGUUCUGGAUAUGUUAGCAGUGUUAAUUCAUACUACACAAUCAUCUGAAACCUCUGAAUCUAGAGAAGAAACCAGGAAACAAUAUCAAAAUCUUAUCAAAAAGUUGAAAAAAGAAUUCGCCUUCGAUAAAGUUGGACUUGGAGUGGAUCUUAUUAAACAAUUAUUACCAAUAAGCAAACAGCAGUGUGAAGUGAUUACUUGUGAACCAAUGGGUAGUCUUAUAGAUACUAAAGGAAAUAAAAUUGCUGGAUUUGAUUCGAUUGAUAAAAAACAAGGUUUACAAGUAGCUGAAAAGCAGAAAGUAUCACCCUGGGAUCUGUUGGAAGGUCAUAAAAACCCUGGACCUUUAAGUUGGUCCUGGUUUGGAGCUGUGCGAAUUGAAAGAAAACCAUUGAGAGGCGAAGAAAAUCACAAUAUUCUCGCCUGGCAUACUCAUUCCUUCAAACAGCCUACAUCUUACUACCUAGAGCAUCCUCCAUUGCCUCCAGAGGAUGUUAUCGAGCCUUCUCCUGUUCCUACACCUUCUAUACUUAACGAUAUAAAACCACAAGUAGUGCCUCCGCCAAUCAUUCCGCCUCAACCUACUCUUAUACCAAUGUCUAUCCAAGAAGAUCCAAUUAAACGAGAAAGAGACACUCCUGUCGAGGUUUCUAGUCCUCGUGCAUCUACAGCAAAGAAGCCAAAAGCUACACGAAGAAAGAGAACCCCGAAAAACGCCACUGCAGCUGCUGGUGCUGUGGUGGUUAACUCAAUGACUCCACCACUAGGACCUGCCAAUGUACAAACUCCUCCAAUGAGACAAAUGACAAACUACGAUAACUAUGUUCAACCUGGUCCACCUCAACCCGCUCCUCCACAACCAGCUCCCCCUCCACAGUGGUAUAGCCAACAACAACCCGGUCCUCAACCACCUCCUCCACAAGCUGGGCCAAUGCAUCAACAGAAUCAGCAAUUCUUCCACCCUGCUCCCAUGAGAACCAACACUAACCAUUACGAUAGAGCACCAUUGAGUAAAUCCAAGGCUAUGCUACAAGAAGCUAUUAAGAAUCGUCAACAACCACCAAAUGUAAAUCAAGGUUACAUGUCGCAAAACAGUGGUCCACCUCCUAAUCAAGGUAUGGUUCCCGGACCAGUGCCUGUCCAAGUUCCAGGUCCAGUUCAAAUUCCAGGUCCCGUUCCAGUUCAAGUUCCAGGCCCUGGACCUUUAGGCCCAGGACCCGGAGUGCCACCAAAUCAAGGUCCACCACCUCAACAUAUGUACCAGAGUCGCCAAAUGAUGAUGCCUCGACCAAUGAGGACGAGACAACCUCAACCUCCUCCUCAACCACCACCGCAAAUGGCCAUGCAGCCACAAAAUCCAAUGCAAACUAAUCAAAUGUACCAAAUGGCACCAACCAAUCAAAUGGUUCCACAAAAUGUUAACAUGCCACCUAAUUCAAUGCAUCACAUGCCUGUCCAAUCUCAGGGUAAUUAUGGUGGACCUCCACCAAAUAUGAAUUAUAAUAAUCCGAUGCAGAUGACCGGUAUGGACCAACAAAUGGGUGGACAUGGUAUUAACCAAGGCUACGCACCCCCACCUACAAAUCAACAAAAUCCUGCUAUGAUGAACCCGGUGAUGAGACAACAGUUACAUCCACAAGCAGGACAUCACCCCCAAGGGCAACCAGGACCUCCAAUGCCACCUUCACAACCUCAACAGCAACCACCACAACAGCAACACCAUCCACAACAACAGUAUAUACAACAAGGACAAAUGAAUUCUUAUUGGUGACCCUGACUUUAAAUUUGUGGAUUAAAUCAAGAUGAAAUAGAAUAAUGUUCACAUAUUAUUAAUAAUGUCAUUUUCAUGUUUAUAAUUUUCGAAAAUCAUCAUCACCUUUAUAUUAAUAGUAUCUACUUUGAAGACACACAAAAACCUUCAGUUUUACAAUUUGUUACAUGUUUAUCGAAUGCUGCUGAAGGUCUCAGUAAUUUAAACAAAAAUCGAAAAAGAUACGGAAAACAAAGAAUGAUUGUUUAUUGUAAAUUUCAUAUUGAACAUGAUCUAUCUCGAUGUUGAGAUAAAUCUUAUGCAUAUUUAAUAAUUUCAUUUGUUUUUUCCUAUUCUUUGCCCAUUUCUUUCUCAAUUUUUUCCCUUCUCGAUAAAAAUGAAAUUAGAUUGCCUAAAUUGGAAACUCAUCUUCAUCAAUUUUUCCUUCCAAAUGCAUCCCAUUUUUAUCAUCAUUCCCAUUUUGUGUACCAAAAAAACAUUCACAUCUUCACAUCAAGCAGCUAUCAUUGUCUGUCAUCACAUAACUAUCAAAUCAUUUUUCACUGAAUCCAUCAUCAUCCAUUUAUUGGUUGCAAUAAAAGCAUUGCUAGGAAAGCAAACCCAUGAUCCAGCUUGGAUGAUUAUUAUUGUACAAAAAAAGAUUACUUUAUUCAGAAUCAACGUCGUCUUGACCAAUGUUUCUACAUAUUGUGAUGAAAUUAAACUGAAUCAACCUCCUUUAGUCUAAAUGUGCCAGUAAAUUAACAAAACUGGGUCAGUUGAUUUAAACAAAACAAAACUGAACAAUAAUUACACCAAUAGAAUCGAUGAUUGAUGAAUUCAAAAAUUGAUUUGAAUGUUAACAAACGAUUCGAUAGCAAUCAUAGACGGAAACAAAAUCUUCAUAAUAUUGGAUAAAAAAGUUGUUAAAAUGAUUUACAUAUUUGAAAUAAACAAAGAAAUGCGCUUCUCUUUGAAAA